AGCUGUUAUCUGAUUACAAAUUUUGUCAGACGUAGGUUUACGAAUUUUUUCGCUCUAGCAGAUCAAAGUGUAAAACGCCAAAAGCAAACAAAGUUUUAAAUUUCCUAAGUUUCAAGUAUGACUGCAAUUGCUGGUGGUCAUGGUGAGCCAAACCCCAAUGCAACAUGGUUGGGUGCGCGUGGGAUGUGGUUGGCCUAUGGUUUGGGUGUGCUAACAGUUCACCUGAUUCUAUUAUCGGUGCCAUUUAUUAGCAUUCCAAUGGCUUGGAGUAUUACAAACCUACUACACAAUGCGGCACAUUUGUACUUUUUGCACUUGAUAAAGGGUGCACCCUGGUUAAGCAUUGAAAAUGACGGGGCACGUCGUUUAACACAUUGGGAACAAAUUGAUGACGGCGAGCAAUUUACAGCAACUCGCAGAUUCCUUACAGCUGUUCCGAUUGUAUUAUUUUUGUUAACCUGCAUCUAUACGAGGAAUGAUCCUGAUCAUUUUAUUGCAAAUUUCAUUUCACUUGUGCUGGUUACCUUGCCCAAACUACCACAAUUCCAUGGUGUACGCCUUUUUAAUAUAAAUAAAUACUGAAUUGUGAUUUUUGAAAUUUGUUUGAGAGAUAGUUGAUAUUGAAAAUAAUUGUUUGUAUGAAAUUGUUUAGACUGAGAGUAUAAAAUCAAUUCAAAAUUAAUAUUAACAAAUUAGUUUAUACAUAUUUGGUAUUAAUUAAUACCACAUAGACAUAAUAUGACGGGUGAACAGGUAAAGAAUAAAUAUUAAAUAAAUUGUGAAUAUAUUCUUAUUCUAAAUAUAUAACAAAUGUGAAUGCACUCAA